UCCUUCUUUCUCUCCCUCACUCUCUUAGCUUCCUCCAUCUCCCCCAUUCUCUCUUCCUCCAUCUCCCCCACCCCCUCUCUUCCUCUCUCUCUCUUCUCUCCUCAGUGUGAUCUGGAGAGCUUCCAGGAAGCCUGCUGUCAGAGGGAAUAAGUCUGAUGCUCCAACUGUAACACACACACGGAGCAGAUCCCAGGUCUUCAGGACCCAUCUGUCCCCCGUUCAACCCAGACCAACUACAACAACCUGCUGCUCAUCAGGAGGCACCUACAACAGGAGCAGAAGAGGCAGAUGGAACAGAUGACUGAGUGUCAGCAGGGGACAACAUUUACAGGUGGUGGUCGGCCUCUCCCUCCAGAUUGUGUUGGAGGCGGAGGUUACCCCCUGGGUGUUCCCCAGCUAUCCCACGGUGGUCCCCUCCCAUCUGGGCCCGGUCACCUCUCCCUUCCCCCUGGACAUCCAGGCCACCCAGGCCAACCUGGACCCCCAGGAUCUCUCACCCAAGUGGGCAGGCCGGUAGGCGCCUUCAUGGGUGGUCCUCCAGGCUCCAAGCAGCCCCUCUAUCACCCUUCACAGGGUGGAGAGUUUGUUGGUGCUGGUAGUAUGCCAAUGAGACAACCACAGUUGGCACACGGCAUGAUGGGAAUGGGCGGUCCUGCUGGUCCUCCUAGGCCUGGGAUGCAGCAACAGGUGUCCAGGAUGGGGAUGACAAUCGGGGGGUUGGGGCCCGGGUCAGGGCCUGGGUCGGGGUCUGGUCACCCACAGCAUCUACGACAGGCCCUGCACCAUAGUGGUGGAGGGGCACCACUCCCUCGUAUGAUGUUUACCGCUCAGCAACACCAACAGACUGCAAUGUGGCCUCCUCAGCAGCAGGGGGGGCUAGUGAAUUCCAUGCAGCAUCGCAUGCCCUGCAGUGAUGGCCACAUGGACCCGUUGGCUAAUCACCAGCAGUCGCACGGACACAUAUUUCCUGGAGGGGGUGGAGGCGCCAACGGAAGCUGCAACCCGAACCCCAACACCCAGUUUACCCAGCAGGCAUUGCGGUCGGGAAUGCCCGGAGGCGGGGGUGGUAACAAUUUUGCCCCCCACCAAGGACCUCCAUCGUUACCCUCCAACCAAGGGGUCGGGGUGCCGUCCUUACCCAGGAGACUGAUGCAGAAGCUGGGCGUAUCCACGGCAGGGCAGCCCCUACCCUCCAUGGUCCACCAAGGGCUUCAGCCUGGUAUGAGGCCCAGGGGACCCCUCUCGGCCCUGGCUGGAAUGAAACCCAUUCCCCCUGGUAUGAUCCACCACCCAGGCCACGGUAUGGCCCCACCUAGCUAUCCUGCCUCUGGGGCCGUCGUCGCCAAACACCCACACCAACAUCCCCAUCCCCAUGGGCCUGGGUAUGGACCAGGUCAGGGGAACCCUGGACACAAGCUACCCCCGUAUGAGUACACUCAGCGGGGGCAGAGUAAUGGGGGGAUGGGGGGUAGACCUGGUGGUGGUGGAGGAGGGGAGGUAGACUUUAUUGAUACUCUGGUGGGGUCGAACGAGGACUGGCUCAAUAACCUCACUAUGAUAGACGAGUACCUGGAGCAGAACUCAUAGGAGUGUGGUCAAAGGUUAAAUGUCAGGGGUCAGUAAAUUGACCUCAUUCCUGUAUAGAAACACUGGGGUUAGAAGUGUGACAUGGACAGGGGAUAUAAAGGGCGUAUGAAGGCUUUAUAACUGGUAAUAACAGGUGUGUGUACAUUUCUAGAAGGUUGUAGAAAGUGCCAUGGUUAUACCUAACUUGAAUGGACGGUUUGAGUGAAUGUGAUUGGUUGCUUCAGAGUGAUCGGAGCACUACACAGCCAAUCCGCUGCUGCCGCAUAAACCAACCUCCCACCCCAAAAUGGCUACAUUCCCCGCAAGGUGUGCUGUCCCUUAUCGCUGGAGGCCAUAUUGGAAAGAGGGAAUGGACUUAAAACGGAACUCACGGAACACAUGGAACACACAGAACCUCAUCAUCACAUGGUUUCCUGGGAAACAGAAGCUUCACUCUAAAGAGCUAGCAACAGAGUAGUGGAGUCCAAGCAUUCUCAUUGGUUGUUUCUGUGUCUGAAGCUUGAACAGUGGACUAAUAAAGUUAUUUAAAAUCCUCGCCCUUGUAGGGAUUUCUCCUAUCAAAGGGAUAGGUGUAUAAAACACACUGUGAUUGGAUAAAAUCAACGUCCUCCAGCAAUGCAAUUGGUCCACUGUUUUUCAGUGUAUUAUUGUGAUAUGUUUCUAAAAUAGCAGUUGAAUUUGCAACACCAAAUCUGAGGUUUACUUUUGUAUCAAAGUCAUUGAGUGUGAUUUGGAAGCAUAGCUCAAAAACACAACAAUUGCAGAUUAACCAUUCGGAUUAUCUCCUGCUCUCACAUAAGGUCUUUGAGCCAGUCAAAGGUGAAUUAAUACACAUGGAAAUACAGCCAAUCCCUGAUCAAUUUGGGGUAAUAUAAAUCACUGAUUGGCCAAAGGAAUUACAGAGGUGAUCAGCCAAUGUUGCCAUGGCAAUUUGUUAUCACUAUUUUGAUUGAGAUCAGUUAUGUGGGGGCUUGUAAAUAGUAAACUAUUUUGGUAAACUGUAUCAUACACAAAAGAGAAGUACACAUAUUUAUACUUCUUUUCUGCAGAUUAAAAGUCUUCAGAUUCCCUUUGUACAUAAAUAAUAAAAUAAAAAGAUUGAAAUUAUAGCUCACAAAAUGAAAUCUGUUUUACACUAGAAUAAUCUUAUUUUCAUUUGUUUUAAAUAUGCAAGACAAUACAGUUUGGGUUUUUUUCUCAGUAAUACUGUGUAUUACAAUGUUAUGACAUAAUUGUUAUGUUUUUGACAUAACGUGACUCCUGGUGCCCCAAUGGCAAAAGGGUUCUUUUGAAAGGUGAUGGAGAACAUUUACGAACACACACACACCAUCUCUCCAUCUCUCACUCUGGCACUACCCCGCACUCCAUACCUGUGAGGUGAAAGUUGAUCAUCUUGGUCCAUCUACUGUAGUGUAAUAUCUUUGUUCACAGACAAUAUAUCUGUCGAUUUAGACAUUAUCAACAUUUCAUUACAAUCCAAGACUACAAUAUAUUCUGAUCUGUAUGACCUUUUCACAAGGUAAACAACGUGUAAAAUGGAAGGCACUAUACUAUCAUAGAAUUAGAAUGAGUAGAACAGGCACACCCAUUCAACUCAAUUGUGCUAUUGAGUUCCAAUUCCUUUCGUUUCGUUCUAUUUCUAAUGGCACUUUGCUAUGUAUGUCAUUCCAAUACCCACAACAAUCUACUGUGCCGCACUCUAUAAAAACACAUGUAAAUAGUCUAUAGAGUUGGCUCCUCUCCUUGUCUCCUUUCCUUCAUUCACACUGAUCUGAACAAAAUUACUGGUCGGGUGAAAGCUGGUUUGCUAGUAGGAUUCCGCCAUAUUGCUUUCUCCUAUCCUAUUCCUAUCCAUUCACAUUGGUGCUGAUGACAGAGAGGAGACUAGGAGAGUAAGCUUGUUAUGACUAUUAGGAGGCACCCCCAGUAGGGUUUCUCCUACCUUAGGACCACACGGCGAUUUAUAAGCCAUGACAAGGGGUUCAUCGAUUAUCUGUGAUUACAUUUUUGUCCUUGUCUUGAGUUUUUUUUAUUUUAUAUAUAUAAUAAACUGUAUAGAUGGAAAAAAAAUCAUGAAAAUAAAUGCCAUCUGGCUUUUUUAUUUCACACU